CGCUUCUGUGUCGCUCCGGUGAUCCGCACAGAAAGGUGCACGCGCGCAUUCAACACGGUUGUGUGGAACCGAUUCGAGGUUCUUGUGUGCUUUUUUAUCGACGAUCCGAAACGGAUUUUCUUAAGCCAGUAGGCAAAGCCAGUAAAGCAGCGUACUGAGUAUCCCAGUACCAAGUGCCAAGUUCCAAAGCCGUCGGUAUAUUGAUUCGCGGGAUCGGUUCGCAAUCGUUGUGUCGGAAAGUCGGAGGUCGAUCCGAGAUCGAUGGUACUUGGCUAACACGUAAUGCUGUGCGUCAUUUGGCCAAUUUGAUUUGCAAAUCCCAGCUGAGUUUUUCUCGAAAAGAAACCCAUAAAUCUUGAUUUAAUCAAAGUGUUGAAUAUGCAAUGAUUCUCUGAAUUCGAAUGUAAAAGCAAAUGAAAAGAAUAGAAUAGAAAAUAAGCAAAUCAAAUAUUGUGCAAUAGAAACCCCAUAUUGGAUCUAAUAAUAUUAGUAAAUAUUUCGUAUAAAGCAGUAAUAAUAAGUAAAUAAAAAGUUAUUCAUCAAGUGUCAAACAUUGUGGAUGAUCAAAGUAAAUUAUGAAAUAAUUAUUUAUGCCAAAUGCUAUUGGAGCUAGCUCUAAAACCAAAUGGAUAUCGCAAAUUGAAUCUUUUGAGCCGAAAGAAUUGAGUUUAAAUAUUUGCGAACGUGACGAGCACCACGAAAUGUAUGCGGAUAAUAAACGUGGCCUAGACAAGGUGACGGCAGCUACCCCGCCCACCCACGCCCUGCAGCAGCAGCAGCAACAGCACUCCCACCAACAACAGCAGCAUUUGCACCAUCAUGUCCUGCAACUGCAGCAGCAGCAACAGCAACAGCAGCAACACCUUCAGCAACAGCAUCAUUUGCAACAUCAAAUGCACACGCAUCAUAACUUCCCGCAACAUGAAGGACCAGCAACCCUGUCACAGCAGCAACACAUGCAGCAGCAACAGCAGCAGCAAUCGCAGCAGACGACGCAGCAGCAACAGCAACAACAGCAACAGACAGCCGGCAUGUUUACAAGGUUCGAUGCAAACAAAUCGACGAAGGGCGCCUCGAAGAUGCGACGCGAUCUUAUAAACGCCGAGAUAGCCAAUCUGCGGGAUCUGCUGCCACUGCCCCAGUCCACGCGGCAGCGCCUCUCGCAGCUGCAGCUGAUGGCUCUGGUCUGUGUGUAUGUGCGGAAAGCCAACUAUUUUCAACAAGUUUUCAAACGCCACAAUGCGAUGCAUCAUCUCCACCACCAGACAGCAACACCAAAUAUUGGCUUCUCAAAGGCACUCUCCGGCUUCUUGAUGAUGCUCACACAAAAUGGCAAAUUGCUCUAUAUAUCGGAUAAUGCCGCCGAAUACCUGGGCCAUUCCAUGGAGGAUCUGCUGAUACAUGGGGACUCCGUUUACGAUAUCAUUGACAAACAGGAUCACGCAACCAUCCAGGCGGAACUGAAUCGGAACGUGCCGCCGCAACCAGGUGGCUCCAGUCAGCCGAACAGCGGUGGUGCUGGUGGCGACUCAGCGUCCAGCAAUGGUAGCGCCACCGGCGUUGGCAGUGGUGGUGGUGUCGGCGGUGGUGCUGGAGGCACCUCCAGUCUCGAAGGCGAGCAUCGCAUGUUCCUCUGUCGCAUGAAUGUCAGCCGCAAUGCGCGACGGCAAAUGCGUUUCGGCGAUCAGAAGGUUGUCCUCGUCCAGGGUCACUAUUUGUCAUUUCUGCCGCUCUGCAGCCGGAACGAGCCCGUCUUCCUGGCCACCUGCACUCCCAUCGCCAUGCCUGAGACCCGGGAGUGUGUGGUGCAAGGUGCCACCAAUGUCUUCACCACGAUUCACUCGAUGGACAUGAAAAUAGCCCACAUCGACAAGAAUGGAGAGUUUCAUUUGGGUUAUGACAAGGCCACGUUGCAAGGCACCUCCUGGUACAAUCUUAUCCACAGUGAAAACCUGAGAGAGGCGCAGAACAAGCAUAGAUUAAUCACCCAAUCGGAACAAGAUCGCAGCUGUAUCCUGUUAGUGCGAAUGCAACGCUCCAGUGGAGAGUACACGUGGGUCCACGUGGUGCUCCAGGUCCGGGAUAGCCCCGAUUCCACUCAGCAACCGGUUAUUGUUUGUACCAAUCAAGUACUCAAUGAUCGCGAGGCUUCCAUCAUGCUGGCCAAUUCCUGGCUGUAUCACUACUAUACCGUCCAGUCGAAAAUCCAGUUCGGCAUGCCCCUCGACAGCGGCAUCCGUGUGCCCCCAGGCACCCCCUCCAGCGGUUACUACAGCCCCCAUGCGGCGCAUCCACCCGUAACGCCCGGUGGCGCCACGCCAGGCCUGGGUAUUGCCAAUGCCUUUGGCAGCCACCACCACUCCCACCAUCCGCACCACCACCAUCACUCACACCAUCAUCCGGCGGCCGCCUACCACCACCACCACCCGCACAUGGGCACCUACGGAGGCGUCUACCACGCAGACUCUGCCAUUGAGCUCAAGGAGGACCAGCCGCUGUUCAGCUUCCAGGAGCCCGUGGACUACAGCCAGGUAACUCCUCCGAUCGCGGCGAGCACCCCCCAUCCCCCGCCCUCCAGUCAGAGCCAAAAGUCCUCGCAGUCGACGACGCCUCCGCCCAAAAAGAGAGCCAGGAAAGUGGAGCCGCUCUACCUGCACGCAGCGGAGCGUUCUCCGGUAGCGGCGAUCACGCCGGAGCCGGACUGCUACGCCCUGCACUCGCAUCCUGCUGCUGCGGCAGCUGCCUAUGCCUCGUCCAGUGGCGACGCCUCGGUCAUAUAUGCCACCAUAGUACCCACUAGGCCGAGGCUGCCCAACAAAACGCUUCCGCCCGAUCCGGCGGACUUUAUAGAGCAAUGGAAUCCCAGUCCUCCGUGGUCGGAGUCCGCGCAAAAAGCCUCGCUGGACAGCUUCGGCUCCUCCCACGAGCUGAGUCCCUGCAUCACCACCACCCCUCCCACUCCCACCAGUGCCACGCCCCAUCAAAGCGGCGGCCAGUUGGGGGGACAGACGAUCGGGCCUGCUUUCAGUUUCGAGUGGAUGUCGGAUCCCCUGGUGCCGGUCAGCUACCAGCAGUGGCCGCCAACGGGGGAUCAUCACCAGCACCUGUCCCAGCACCUGAGCCAGAGUCAGAGCCACCAGAAUCCCCUGACGCAGCAGCAGCAUCCCCACCAGCAGCAACACCUCAUCCUCCAGCAGCAGCAGCAACAUCAGCAGCAGCAACAACACCAGCACUUAGCACUUCACCAUGGGCGUGCGGAGAACUCUGGAGUGGGCAGCAUGGAAGGCGGUGCGGUGGUGGUGGUGCCACCGAUACCCAUUUCGAUACCCAUACCGAUACCCAUACCUAUACCGCUGGCCACGGGCCACGGGGAUGCCAGCGAACCGGUUGAGGAUAGAGGUUAG